UAUUAUGCCCAUUAAAAAUUAUCACCUUUGAAAAUAUUGAAUUAGAAUAUUGGCCAAUUACCAGCAUCUACGAGUAUCGUUGCAAGCAUGCGCUUAGUUAUCAGAUCUUCUUAGACCGUGAAAGACUAGUCUCGUGCUUAUCACAUCGCGAGUAGAGACGCGAAUAAUCAUCGAGUCCCGAGAUACCGUGAGAGAGACGUUUUCGCGAUGUCAACAGACUACUUGAGCGACGAUAUGUCGACGACUGCCCCGGAAUUGAUGGUCAGACGACCGGUCUACCAGCAGGACGAGCUUAAUCACUUGUGCAAAUACGUAAAGCCCAAGAGAAUUCUUCGCAAUGAGAUAUCAAAAAGAUGCAAGAGUAUCAAACCAGUAGCACUUUUAAAGAAAACGAUACCUUUGACUGACUGGCUGUUUUCGUAUGACUGGAAGAAUAAUAUCUUGGGAGAUAUUGUUGCUGGAAUUACUGUUGCUGUAAUGCAUAUUCCACAAGGUAUGGCGUAUGCAAUACUGGGUAACGUUCCGCCGAUUGUUGGCAUAUACAUGGCUUUCUUUCCAGUUUUGGUGUAUUUUCUUCUAGGCACAUCCAGACACAAUUCCAUGGGUACGUUUGCGCUCGUCUGCAUGAUGACUGGCAAAGUCGUUACGACAUACAGUAGCCCUGCAGUUUCGACAAAUAACACGUCAGCCGAGAACGGCACCUUAAUUUCCGACGUAAACCAUCAAUAUUCGCCAGUGGAAGUUGCAACCGUAGUCACAUUCACGGUUGCCGUUAUACAGUUAGGAAUGUACGUGCUGCGUUUGGGUAUAAUCUCAUCUCUCCUCGCGGACAGUCUCGUGAGUGGAUUCACGACGGCAGCGGCGAUACACGUAUUUACAUCACAAAUAAAAGAUCUCUUUGGACUAAACAACCUACCACAGCGCAACGGUGCAUUCAAACUUAUUCUCACUUACGUAGAUAUUCUCAACAGUAUGAACAAUGUCAAUAUAACGGCUGUGAUAUUAUCUUGCAUCACUAUCUUAUCACUUAUUUUCAAUAACGAAGUUCUUAAGCCAAAGGUAUCAAAGUUAUGCCCUUUUCCAGUUCCGAUAGAAAUGCUUGUGGUGGUAAUCGGUACUGUAGUAUCGAUGCAAAUGAAUCUUGCGGAUACUUAUAAUGUAAUAAUAGUUGGCGAUAUACCAGUAGGAUUGCCAGUCCCGUCUGUACCACCGUUGUCCCUUAUACCCAGCAUUUUAGUAGACAGUUUCGUAAUUACUAUGGUCGCUUAUACAAUAUCAAUAUCUAUGGCAUUGAUUUUCGCACAAAAAAUGGACUAUGAGAUCGACUCUAAUCAAGAAUUGGUGGCGCAGGGAUUGGGAAACCUUGUUGGCUCUUUUUUCUCCUGCAUGCCCAUCACGGCCUCGUUAUCCAGAUCGAUGGUUCAGCAAACUGUAGGUGGACAUACGCAGUUGGCGAGUUUGAUAUCAUGCGGAAUUUUGGUGUGCGUAUUGCUGUGGAUCGGGCCAUUCUUUCAACCUUUGCCACGAUGUGUUCUAGCAAGUAUAAUCGUGGUAGCGUUAAAAGGGAUGCUGAUGAAGGUCACCGAGUUCAUGCAAUUCUGGAGAUUGGACAAGACGGACGCCGCCAUUUGGGCUAUCACCUUUGUUGUCGUGAUUCUUUUCGACAUUGAGUACGGAUUAUUGGUCGGCGUGCUCGUAUGCAUCGGAAGGUUACUUGUCCUCGCGAUGCGACCUUACACGUGUAAGCUCGCUCUAGCACCAGGCACUGAGCUCUACUUGGACACUAAAAGAUAUAAAGGAACUGUAGAGAUUCCCGGCAUCAGAAUCUUCCACUAUUCCGGUAGUCUGAAUUUCGCGUCUAAACAAUACUUUCGUGAGGAAGUGUAUAAAAUUGCAGAGCUAGUACCUCAAAAGGAACUAAAAAAACGGCUGCAAGCCGCACGUAAUGGCAUCGCGACGGAGGAAAUUAAAAAGCUACGCAUUCUCAUAUUGGAUUUCACUGCAUUGUCACAUAUCGAUCUGGCAGGCGCAAAUGUUUUACGAAACAUUGUUGAUGAAUAUUGCAGUAUAGAAGUGUCUGUUUAUAUAGCAGGUUGUUUCGGUCUCAUGUACGAAACGAUGAGAAAGUUUAAUCUGACCGAGCAUAACGAGAACCACUCUUUCGCCAUGUUCCCCACCGUUGCUGAUGCGGUACAUUUCGCGCGUUCUCAAAGUGAAGUGCCGUCGACACCCACAUGGAGCACUUGCAUCCACGAUGAGAACUAUAUCAGUAGACUUUGAAACGACCACGAAAUGAAAAGUUGCUUAUACGCAACACCGAAAAGCGCUUCGUCAAAUAUACUUGCCUAUACUGUAAUGCUGUGAAUAUUUAAGCGCCUUGUUGCAAUUAUUUAUGCGUUUCGCAAUGUUACUUAUUUAUCUAAAAUGAUAAAAUUUGAUGCUAUAUAUAUGUGUAUGCUACGACGAUCGUUCGCUCAUUCACGGAUAAUAAUUGUCGUAUUCCCGAUAAUUUAGCGAAAUUUCGUAUCAUUCGCAUGAACGAUACGACGAUAUCGUGCGUUAAAUUCAAAGACGAUCUAAAUAACAAAUUAUCGAGACAAUAUUUCCAAAUUCUUAUUAAGAUUAGAAAUCUAUAAUGCAUAUAAAAAAUAUAUAAUGCGAUAUAAGAUCGCGUGCGUACAUCAUUUGUAUGUACUUAUCUUGCAUUAUUUUAUAAUCAGAUAAAGUUUGGGAGAUGGAGGAGAUUCGACUUUUUCCUUUCUAUAUCGUAUGGAACAGAAAUUGCACGAUGAGUAAAAAUGUCUUAUAGAACGAUUAAUUGUAAAUCUCAUAAAAUAGUAAAAAAAGGAGGGGAGGAUUGUAGUACGAUGGGUACAGAACGAUGUGUGAUACCGAAAUAUGAAAUCUAUUUACAUCGCAGAUGUAAGAAGUUUGGAAAUUGACAAGUUUUCCAUUUGCACGGAUAUUUUAACGAGAAAGUCAGUUCAAAUGCUCAAAUAAGAAACGUCAAUAAACGCAAAUAAAUAUAGACAAAUUUUAUUAUCUCUGAUGCGUUAUCGACGUUUCCAGAAGCUGCUUACAAAAAUGAUAUUUGAUAUAGAUACAAAAUAUUUUCAAUAUCUCUUGCUGCAUAUAUCGGAUCGAAUAAACAAUCUAAGUUCUAUUUGUAUCUUUAAAGGAAGAAUAGCAAAGUUGUAAUUUAAUUGUUAUUAAAUAAGGCGUGUUAAAAAUCAACUUUAGCUUUUUUUCAUUAUGUCACUUAUUUAUUGUACUUAUUGACGUUUUCUUUAUUAUUUAUAUGUAUGCUAUUAUUUAUGUGUUGCUUUGAGACCAGUUUACUGAUAUAUAUAUAUAUAUUUUUUUUUUCACUAUCAAACAAAAAAUUAAUAUCGAUUAGUUUGAACCGACUGACACGAACGAAUCUAUUAAACGUGAAAUGUUUAUCAGUUAAAAGUAGUGAAUAUCAACCUAAUAUUAAAUGAGAAUUUUGUAAUAAAAUCACGUCAAAUGCGUUUAUUGCUCAAAUAAUCGACAUGUCAGUCAAUUUAUUUGGCAGUAUAUUCAAUGACUGAAAAUGGUUCAACAUUCCAUUUCCAAUCGCAAACAUGCAACAUUCACUAUUGUAAUAAAAUCACGUCAAAUGCGUAUAUUGCUUAAAUAAUCGACAUGUCAGUAAGUUUAUCUGGCAGUAUAUUCAAUGAUUGAAAAUGGUUCAACAUUCCAUUUCCAAUCGCAAACAUGCAACAUUCACUAUUGUUAAGCGCUCAAAUUAUUAUAUUACCAUAAUAUCGAUUCCUGAUCGUCAUAUAUAUGAUCCUCAGUAGUGUUCCAUUCAUUUACAAUUAUCAAAUAUUAAAUUAUAAUAAGCAUAAGAAUGAAUUUAUAUGUGUACAGUGGCAAAGAUUUAUAUACAGUGAUAAGUGUUAUAUUUUUCGUGAUUAUAUUACAAAUAACCAACCAAAUCUUAGAAUAAAUUAAAACAUAAUAAAAAAUUC